AUGAAUGCAAGGACUGGUAAAUGUCCUGAUUUUAUUACAGGAGAUUCUUGUCAAAUAAAUAAUUUUGAUGCUGAAAAUCUUAUACCAAAUUAUUAUGAAGUUGACACUAAAAUUUCUAGAAACAAUCAAGAUAAUGUAAAAAAUGUACAAGAAUUAAGAGCAGAAAAACGGGCAAAUAUUUCCAAAGCAAAUAUAGACCCCCUUAAUUUUACUGAUAAAUCAAGUUUAGAAAAAUUACAUUUGUCUUUCUGUAAAUAUAUCCUCGGAACAAGAAAAUCUUCAUCAAACAUAGCUAUGAGAACAGAGCUAGGGAGAUACCCACUAGAGAUGCAUAUAAAAACUCAAAAAAUGCACGAAGAUUUGUUGUGCGAGUGGAGAGAGGAAGAAACUAAAGUUGUGCGAACAAGAUCUAUAAGUCGUAUAGAAGAACUUCUCAUGACUAGUGAUGUCAUAGUGGCGAUAGGUUCAUCAGGUUGUGGGAAGUCCACUGCAAUUCAUCAUGUUGCACUUCGGCUUAAUAAUCAGGAAGGCUAUUAUAUUGUUCCUGUCCACAGUCCAGAAGACAUUAUCCAAUACUGUGAACCAGAAUAUAAACAAGUGUUUGUUAUUGAUGAUGUUUUUGGCAAAUCUACCAUAGAUAUUGGUCUGGUCAACAGUUGGACAAGAUUAUCAAAUGAUAUAGAUCAGUUAAUCAAAGAUCACAAGGUGAAAAUAUUGUUGUCAUGCAGAAAACAUAUUUAUAAGGAUCGUUCCCUUAAAAGCCUUCAAUUCUUGAUAAAUAAUUCGUGUGAUUUAGUGUCAGAGUAUGAUCUUUUACCUAAGGAAAGAAAUGAAAUAGCAAAUCAUCAAGCUGAUCCUAAUAUUCAAUGUACGAUGGAAAAGUUCGAAGACACGCCAUUGCAUUCAGCUGUCGAUAACGACAAUAGUCAUCUUGUAAAAGUGCUGUUAACUUACCAAGCUGAUGUUAAUGCUAAAAGACGUUAUCAUAAUACUCCUAAAGCGGUUGAAACCCCUUUGCAUUUAGCCUUCAUAAUGAAUUGUAGCAACACAAUCGUUAAAUUAUUGGUGGACCACAACGCCGAUUGUAAUCUUUGUGAUAAGUGGAAUAUAACACCUUUAUAUCAAACAGUCAGUAGAGGGGAUCUUGAGUUGACUUUACUAGUAUUAAAUCACACAACUGAUUCUAACAUUGGUGAUAAAGACAUUAAGAGAACACCUCUUCAUAUCGCGAUAAAUAAAGGUACUGAUAUGGUCAAGUUACUGCUAGAUUAUAACGCAGAUCCUACAAUCCAAAAUACGCAAGGAAAAUCGCCUUUGUUUCAAGCAGUGGAAAACAAUUAUACCGAUAUCGUAAAACUUUUCAUAAAAUACAAAUGUGAUAUAAAUAUGCGCAACAGUGAAGACGAAUCAUUUUUAUUUAAAGCUUCAGAGAGAGGUCAUACAGAUCUUGUUAAGUUAUUGUUAAAAAAUAACUGUGAUCAAAAUACCUACAACAAUUGCACAAACUCACCUUUAUGUGUAGCUGUUCGAAAGGGGCAUACAAAUAUUGUAAAAUUAUUUUUAGAACACAAUUGUGAACCAAAUAUUUUACACGAAUGCAAAGAAUCUCUUUUGUUUAUAACUUCUAGUGAGGGACAUACUGAUAGUGUGAAAUUAUUGUUGGAAAUAAAAUGUAAUCCUAACAUCUUUAAUGCCAAAAAAGAAUCGCCUUUGUAUCUGGCUUCGUGUAAUGGUCAUACAGAUAUAGUAAAAUUAUUGUUACAAAACAAAAACAAUCCUAACCUUGGUCUUACUGAUAGAAAGGAAACACCUUUGUUUAUUGCUUCGAUGCGGGGUCGUAUCGAAAUUGUGAAAUUACUGUUAGAACACAAAUGUGAUUCUACUAUAUGCAAUUUACAACAUGAAUCACCUUUGUUUAUUGCCUCAAAGUUUGGUUAUACUAAUAUUGUCAAACUGAUGUUGGAAUAUAGAUGUGAUCCUGCAAUAUGUGAUAGUAAUGCACAAUCGCCUUUGUUCAUUGCUGCAAGACACGGACAAACCGAUAUUGUGAAAUUAUUGUUGAAAUAUAAAUGUGAUCCUAAUCUAUGUAAUAAUCUUAGUGAAUCACCUUUAUUUAUAGCUUCUCAGUUUGGUUGUACUGAUACUGUGAAACUAUUGUUAGAUCACUACCGUAACUGUGAUCCUGAUAUCUGUCAUGACAGCAAAAAAUCGGUUUUAUUAAUCGCUUCUAAGAAGGGUCAUACUGAUAUGGUAAAAGUAUUUUUAGAUUAUGAAUGUGAUCCUAACAUUUGUAAUCUUAAAAAAGAAACACUUGUAUUUAUUGCAUCUAGUUUUGGUCAUACUGCGAUUGUAAAAUUGUUGUUAGAAAACAAUCAUGAUCCUAACAUCGUCAAUGAAAAACACGAAUCGCCUCUGUUUAAAGCUUCGUUGUUGGGUCGGACUUGUAUUGUUAAGUUAUUGGUAGAACAUAAAUGUGACCUUAAUAUCUGCAAUGAGAAAAAGGAAUCACCUCUAUAUGUUGCUUCUUUGUGGUGUCGCACCAGUAUUGUAAAGUUAUUAUUAGAACAUAAUUGUGACCCUAACAUAUGUAAUGAGAAACAGGAGUCACCUUUGUUUAUUGCAUCUUUGCGUGGUCACACUAGUAUUGUACAAUUAUUGUUAGAAGAUAACUGGGAUCCUCAUAUUUGUAAUAAGAAAAAAGAAUCACCCUUAAUUAAAGCAUGUAUGCGUAAUCGUACUGAUAUUGUAAAAUUAUUGUUAGAAAAUAACUGUGAUCCUAACAUUUCUGACAAUAACAAUGAAUCACUUGUUUGUAUUGCUUCUUCUAGAGGUCAUACUUAUAUGGUAAAAUUAUUAAUAGAAAAUAAAUGUAAUAUCAAUAUCUGCAAUAGUAGAGCUGAAUCACCGCUAUUCAAAGCAGUCAACAAUUGUCAUACUAAUGUGGUAGAAUUAUUGUUACAACAUAAAGGCAAUCCUAAUAUAUACAAUAAAAGAAAGGAAUCACCUUUGUUUAUUGCUUCUAUGAGGGGUUAUACAAAUAUUGUAAGAAUACUGUUAGAAUAUAAAUCUGAUUCUAAUAUCUGCAAUGAUAGAAACGAAACACCUUUGUUCAUUGCUUCUAUGAGGGGUUAUACAAAUAUUGUAAGAAUACUGUUAGAAUAUAAAUCUGAUUGUAAUAUCUGCAAUGAUAGAAACGAAACACCUGUGUUCGUUGCUUCUGUAAUGGGUCGCACUGAUAUUGUAGGAUUAUUGUUAGUAAAUAAAUGUGACCCUAAUAUUUGUAAUGAUAAAAAGGAAUCACCUUUAGUUAUUGCCUGUAAAGGGAGUCAUACACAUGAUGUAAAAUCAGUGUUAACUGAAAAGUGUGUUUCUCCCUUCCAUCAUACUAAAUCCCCUUCGUUUACUAAAAUUAAACUUGAAGUUAAAGUACUAUUAUCUGAGAAUAGAUAUACUGAUAUUGUGAAACUAUUGCUUAAACAAAACUGUGACCCUAACGUCCGUAGUAAAAGAAACGAAUCAUCUUUGUUUGUAGCUUCUAUGUGGGGUCGUACUGAUAUUGUACAAUUAUUAUUAGAAAAUAAAUGUGAUCCUAAUAUUUGUAAUGAUGUAAAUGAAUCACCAUUGUUUAUAGCUUCUAUGUUGGGUCAUACUGAUAUUGUACAAUUAUUGUUAGAAAGCAAUUGUGAUCCUAAUAUUUGUAAUGAUAGAAAUGAAUCACCUCUAGGAUCAUGA